ACCGGUCACACUCUCGCGAGAAGACUUACCUCCGGGUCACGGGUCACGUGUGGCGGUUGCCGUUCUCGUCAGUUUACUCAUAGAUUCUCAAAAUGGAUCCAGAACGAACAUCACCAUAGAAAGCAACUUCCUGCACUUCAGUACCGAGCCCCGCUACAGCGAGGAUGUUCCCCAGCCUGGCCCACAGACCAUGGCAUGUCUUCUGCAGGGUGUCGUUGCAGCACAGGUCGCCCCUGUCACAGCGGUCCCCGAGGUUCCCCCAGCUGUGCUACGGGUCGCAGAGUGGAGGCAUACAUAGCUUGUGGUUCAGCCUUCCGGACUGCCGUGUUGCCUUUCUAGGGCUGGGCAAGGUGCAGUACUACUCUACCUCUGGUGACAGUAAAGAUGGUCCUCCAAAAUCAGCAUCAGCUGAGGCUCCAUCGGCAGAAGGGGUCUUGUCUGCUGCUGUGAAAGCCGCCCCAGCUUUAUCAGAACUGGGAAAUAGUUCUGGGUCCAUACCUAAGGGGCUUACUAAAGCUGAGACUAUUCAAGUCAAAGUUCGGGCAGUCCUGAAGAAAAGGGAAUAUGGAGCCAAGUACACUCAGAACAACUUUAUCACUGCAGUCAGAGCCAUGAACGAGUUCUGCCUCAAACCAAGUGAUUUGGAACAGCUUCGGAAGAUCAGAAGACGCAGCCCCCACGACGACACAGAGGCGUUCACUGUCUUUUUGCGGUCAGACGUAGAAGCCAAAGCAAUAGACGUAUGGGGAAGCCACGAAGCUCUAGCCCGAGAGAGAAAUCUCAGGAAAGAGGUGGAGAGAGAGUACCAAGAGAAUAUUUUUCGGAAUCAACAAUUGUUGAAGGAAUACAAACACUUUUGGGGAAACACUAAGCCUCGAUCAGGCAAGAGGACAACAUUUCUACAAGGACCGGGGAAGGUGGUCAUGGUCGCUAUUUGCAUCAAUGGGCUGAAUUUCGUCUUCAAGCUCCUGGCUUGGGUCUACACUGGAUCGGCUAGCAUGUUCUCCGAGGCCAUCCACUCUCUGGCCGACACCUGCAACCAGGCUCUGCUCGCCCUGGGGAUCAGCCAAUCUGUCCGCAACCCUGAUGCUGGGCACCCAUAUGGCUUCUCCAACAUGCGCUACAUUGCGUCCCUCAUCAGUGGGGUUGGCAUUUUUAUGAUGGGAGCAGGCCUCUCCUGGUACCAUGGCAUCAUGGGAUUGCUGCACCCAGAACCCAUGGAAUCUUUGUUAUGGGCUUACUGUAUUUUGGCAGGCUCUCUGGUGUCUGAAGGAGCCACGUUGCUAGUUGCCGUCAAUGAGAUAAAGAAGAGCUCCCGCAAGCACGGAAUUUCUUUUUAUGAAUAUGUAAUGCAGAGUCGAGACCCCAGCACUAAUGUCGUGCUGCUGGAGGAUGCUGCUGCUGUAUUAGGGGUCACCAUGGCUGCUGGUUGCAUGGGGCUCACCUCACUUACAGGUAACCCACUCUUUGACAGUUUGGGUUCUCUUGGCGUGGGCACGUUGCUGGGCACCGUCUCAGCCUUCCUUAUCUACACUAACACAGAGGCCCUGCUGGGGCGCUCCAUACAGCCUGAACGUGUACAGAAGCUGACAGAGUUCCUGGAGAACGACCCUGCUGUAAGGGCCAUCCACGAUGUGAAGGCCACUGAUCUGGGACUGAGUAAAGUGCGCUUCAAGGCUGAGGUUGACUUUGACGGCCGAGUGGUGACACGGUCUUAUCUGGAAAAACAAGACAUUGACCAAAUCCUCAACGACAUUCAGCAGGUGAAGACCCCCGAGGAGCUGGAGAACUUCAUGCUGAAACACGGGGAGAACAUCAUUGACACCCUGGGGGCCGAGGUGGACCGCUUGGAGAAAGAACUCAAGCAACGCAACCCAGAGGUUCGUCACGUAGACUUGGAGAUACUGUAAUACCUCUAAUGUGUCUGUGCUGAGGGAACUUCAUGCUGAAAACAAGAAGAACCAACAAGAGGAAAAGGUGAAAGGAGGGCCAAGCCUGCCUCCGCAAUCUGCCUCCCAUCCUGACCACCGCAAAACAAACCUCCGUCUCUACACAAGUCUUACUAUAGAAUAGUCCUCAACCUUAUACAAGGGCAGUGUUUGGGCAGUGAUUGUACUUUGUUUGUGUUGCUUGAGCUUCAUAUAACUAUACUGAGAAUUCAACCUGCCAGAGAUCUGUGUGUGUGUGUGUGUGUGUGUGUGUGUGUGUGUGUGUGUGUGUGUGUGUGUGUGUGUGUGUGUGUGUGUGUGUGUGUGUGUGUGUGUGUGUGUGUGUGUGUGUGUGUGUGUGUGUGUGUGUGUGUGUUGCAGUACACACACACACAGUUCAGUCUUGUGGUUGUUUGCUUGAAGUCACAUUCCUCCUUGAAUGUGUUAGGAUUGGGUUGAAAUCAUUAACAGGACCAGUAUAAUUUACUAGAGUUGUACUUUAAUGUUAUGCUUGAGCCACAGUGAUAGUGUUUCCUUCAUUAGUACAAAGGAAACAAGAAAACUACAUAUUCAAACAAGACUUAUUCAACUGCUAGACAAUAUUAGAUGUUUUUUUUUUUUUUAUUUUAAUGUAAAAACUGAGGAACUGAAGACGCGGCUGCAGGUUCUCUAUUGAAGACAGAACUUAUAAUGAAUAGAUUUUAUUGCCAUUACAGAAAAUUAUGCAAAUUGAAAGGCGAUGAGGCUUCUCACUUGAUUUGUAUGAUAGAGUUGAAGAGUGAACUGAUACAGAAUACAGUAGCACUUAAUGAACCACUCGAGCCAGUAGCUAUUGGACAUGUUAAUCUCUACACAAGCCAAGAAAUGACAUCAUAGGCAGUGUCAUCCCUCUCUUUCACUUCAUUUCUCUCUUUGCCAGCUCCAAACUUUGAUGUUCUCCAAAUUUGAGGUUUAGUAUCUUGCGUCUUGUGAGUUUGGCAGCUGAUCAACAGAUUGUACUGUUCCAAAGACGAAGAACUGGAUGGUUGCAAAUAUCUUUGCCCCCAUUUUCCACUCAGUGUAAAUAAGUCAGAUGACAAAAUGUACCCAAACAAAUGGAAAAUCAGGUUUCAUUAAGCGUUGAGCUUCACAAACAGUCAACAUAAAAAAUAUUGUUUCAGUCAUUGAGGAUGUCACCCCUGUACAGUAUGUGUACCAAACGAUAUGCUGAAUAAUCUCUAUAAAUAUGCAGUGACUGUGCUUUUACUUUUCAUUCUACAUUUACUGUCACAGUCGCAGCACGGGACACACCUGCCUGUCUAAAAAUCUGUUUCUGCUUCAGGAGGUGGGCCAGAGCCAUUUCAUCUUUGUUGGGGGAGGUGGAUAUAUAUUUUUGAAGGUGUUAAUAGUGUAAUAUUUCCCUUUGGUUAUAAAUAUGUUGCCACUGCUGAAGGAGUUGGAAUAAAUUUGAAAUAAUUUAUUAAAUUAUUUUGCUUUC